GAUGGCCAUGAGGAUGAGGAGGAGCUGUUCCUGGCCGGGUCUCUGCGCCUGUGGGGGCUUCGUCUUCGCACAGCUGUGGGCAGUCUCGGCCGCUUCCUGGUGGUUGCUGCCCCUGUGGACCCCGCUCUUCGACCGCUCCGACUCUCCACUGCUGUGCACCGCGGCGCCGGGUCUCUCCCCCGGACAGCGCAGCCUGUGCCGGCGGCACUCGAACCACGCGGAGCAGGUGGCCAAUGGCAUCCAGCUGGCGCUCGACGAGUGUCGGCACCAGCUGCAGGCCUGGCGGUGGAACUGCACCACGCCCGGCGCCGAGGACACUCUGGGCCCCGUGGCUCAAUCUGGCUCGCGCGAGGCGGCCUUCGUCUCCGCCCUGAUCGCCGCCGGAGUUGUCCACGCGGUGGCGCGCGCCUGCCGCCAGGGGGCGCUGCCGGGCAGCUGCGACUGCGUCGCUGCGGCCGCGGCAGAUCUGCCGCGUGGCGCCCAGCCGGGCUGCGGGGACGACGUCAAAUACGGAUACCGGUUCGCCAGGAAGUUUGUGGACGAGAGCGAGCACGAUCGCAGGCGGCAUGGAAGAGGAGGGGAGUCUCGGCUGGAGCUCGUCCAGAUGAAUUUGCACAAUAACAAGGCCGGCCGGCUGGCUGUGUACAAUCUGGCGUACACGCAGUGCAAGUGCCACGGGUUGACUGGCGCCUGCACGCUCAAGAUCUGCUGGCCACAGCUCGCAGACUUUCGCAAAGUUGGAAACUUUCUCAAGGACAAGUACGACGCAAGUUCCGCCGUGCGGCUGGUGACCCACAACUGGAUUGCUCGUUCCGGGGGCGGCGGUGGCGGCGGUGCCUUUGCCGUUACCGGCGGCCGCAAAAGCGGCAAAGCCGCCCGCUGGCCGCGCCUGCACCUGGAGCCGGUGGACGAGGGGUUCGUGGCGCCCACUGCGAGCGAGCUGGUGCACGUGCACGGCAGCCCCGACUACUGCGAGCGCGACGAUGCCCGCGGCGUUGCCGGCACGGUGGGGCGGCGGUGCCACUUGCCCGCCAACGGCACCGGGGAUUGCUCGAUCAUGUGCUGCGACAGAGGGUACAACACUGUCCGAGUGACGGUGGAGAAGCGGUGCAGAUGCAAGUUCCGGUGGUGCUGCUCCGUCAAGUGCGAGCGGUGCCCGCAGACCGUUGACCAACUCUCUUGCAAGUAGACAAGUAGACUGCAGCCGCAAGCUGCCGGGUGGCCUCGGCUGGAGAUCGACUCCAGUCGGGGUUCAGCCGAGUCCUGCCGGGUUCGGUGAUCCGUUCAAAGUUGUUGAGGGUGCCAGCACCACGGCAUCCAGCACUACACUAUACACUACUAUACACUACACUAUACACUACUAUACACUACACUAUACACUACACACUAUACACUGCACUAUACACUACACUAUACACUACACUAUACACUACUAUACACUACACUAUACAUUAUACACUACUAUACACUACACUAUACACUACACUACUAUACACUACACUAUACACUACACACUACACUAUACACUACUAUACACUACACUACUAUACACUACUAUACACUACACUAUACACUACACUAUACACUACUAUACACUACACUACUAUACACUACUAUACACUACACUAUACACUACACUAUACACUACUAUACACUACACUAUACACUACUAUACACUACACUAUACACUACUACACUAUACACUACUACACUAUACACUACACUAUACUAUACACUACACUACUAUACACUACACUACACUAUACACUACACACUACACUAUACACUACACUACUAUACACCACACUACUAUACACUACACUAUACACUACUCUACACUACACUACUAUACACUACACUACUAUACACUAUAUACACUACACUAUGUAGACUCCACUUAUAUACACUGCUCUCUAUAUGUUACAUGUUGAUAUACAUGACAUCUUGAUGUGACGUGAGGCAGAUGACGAUGCUAGUACCUGCCUCCAUUCCCGUUCUGUAUCG